AUGGGAAUAUGCUGCGUGAAAAGACAAGAAGCAAAAGAAACUGCCUUAGUUGCAGGUAAAAUAAUGACGAAAAGAUUGUCCAAAACUGCAAAAAUUGAAAGCCGAGAUAUCGGAAUUAUUGUAAGCACAAUCUGUAUUGAAGGGAGUUGCUCUUCAUCAAGUUUCCCUCGAAAAGACCUAAAAGCCAUAAAAAAUAAUGGCUACGAGAUAGAAAAUAAUAGAAGAGAUUCGAGAAGAUCGAACUUGCCAUUAAUUCCGCUUAACGAAAUUGAAGAAAAUCAAAAACAGAAUUUCUUUAUACAGCCUCCAUAUAGAAGUAUGAGCAGCGCAGUUGAAAUCUCUAGAAGCCCUGAAAGCAGGCCAAGGGAUUUAUUGAGUUUAAUUAGAACGAGGAACCCAAGUUUUGAUAGUCCUAUAUCGAUGAGUGCAGUACAGCCAGAAAUAUCUUUAAGGCACGUAGUAACAAGUGAUAUCAAAAUAUCACCUACUAUGUCUUUAAACAUGAGCCGACUUACCCCAGAAACCACCCCAGUUCAAAAUAGAAACUUACUAUCCAAGACAUCAUCUUUUCUGAAUAUUCCAGGAACUGCAAUUAAUCGUCAAGAGUCAUUUCUCAGCGAGGAUUCUGCAGUUUUCAAUGAAAGUUUUGAUUCUUUCCAGGGCAGAAUAUCUCCUGUCGAUAUUCAUGCUCCAUUGGAAGAUUCAACUAAAGACUUUCAAACUGCGAAAACUAUGAGAAAAUAUGUAUCUUCUUCAAGAAAUUAUUCAAGAGAAAGCUCAAGCGUUGAAAAAUCAACUCUCAGACCUACAUCUAGAAAUUCUUUAUUACCAAAUAAAAAACUAGAAAUUUUACGCACAAAAGAAGUCAACAAAGUCAAGCUUGGAGCAGAUAAAUUUCAGUUAAAUCAAUACACAGCUGAAGGCUUAUUGGGGCAGGGAGCAUUUGGAAAAGUUUAUAAAGCCAAAGACAGCUCCGGAAAUCUUGUAGCUAUUAAAAUAUAUAAUAAAAAGCAGCUGAGGCAUAGGUGGAUAGGAAAAGCAAAGACAGCGCUUUUUGCAGUAAAAUGUGAAAUAGAAGUAAUGGAGAAGCUUGAACACCCUAAUGUCUUGCAGCUGCUAGAAGUCAUUGAUAAUGAUGAUUCUAAUAAAAUCUACAUGAUUUUAGAGUUCGCCCCUGGAGGAACAAUAAAUGAUCAUUCACCUAUGUCUGAAAAAGAAGCCAAGCAUUAUUUUAAGCAGCUAGUCCUUGGCAUGGAUUAUCUCCAUGAAAAGGCUCUUGUAGUACACAGAGAUAUAAAACCCCUAAAUUUACUACUCGAUGCAAAUAAUAAUUUGAAAAUAUCUGAUUUUGGGUCUGCACAAGAAAUGGCUAACGGCAGAGACGAAUUUUCUAAUAGUGCAGGGACUUGGGCAUUCAUGGCUCCUGAGCUGCAUGGAGGAAAUGGGUCGUUUCAAGGCAGGCCAGUUGAUAUAUGAGCUAUGGGGGUGACAUUAUUUUAUAUGAUAGAAGGAAAAACGCCUUUUAAUGGGAGAAGACUAAUUGAUUUAUAUGAAGCUGUUAAGAAUGAAGAGGUUGUCGUUCCUGAUAAGUUUAAUGAGGACUUAAAAGACUUGAUUUUAAAGAUGCUUAAUAAAGACCCAGAGCAACGAGCAACUCUAGAGCAAAUCAAAGCCCAUCCUUGGCUUAAAAAUGUAUAA